AAGUGUCCAAACACAGAGAAAACUCCUGCUGAAGCGACUGAUCUCCACACUGUUAUAAAGAUGGCGUUUAUUAAAGAGGAGAGUGAAGAUGUGAAGAUUGAAGAAACAUUCACAGUCAAACAGGAAGAUCUGCAGGAACAAACAGACCUAAUUGAAGAGUAUGAGGGGAGUAAAGAGGAGGAACAUCAUGUCAAAAUUGAGGAAAAAACUCUUUUACAGACUGAUGGUAUUUUGAAAAGGAGAGACAAGAAUCAUUUCACCUGCACUCAGUGUGGAAAGAGUUUUGGAAAACAAAACAGUCUUCAAAUUCACAUAAGGAUCCACACUGGAGAAAAACCAUUCACAUGCACUCAAUGUGGGAAGAGUUUCAGCCAAUCUUCAAACUUUAAUAAACACAUGAGGAUCCACACUGCAGAGAAACCAUUCACAUGCACUCAAUGUGGGAAGAGUUUCAACCAAUCAUCAAACCUUAAUCAACACACGAGGAUCCACACUGGAGAGAAACCAUUCACUUGCACUCAGUGUGGGAAGAGUUUUAACUCCUCCUCACACCUUAAUCUACACAUGAGGAUCCACACUGGAGAGAAACCAUUCACUUGCACUCAGUGUGGGAAGAUUUUUAACUCCUCCUCACACCUUAAUAAACACAUGAGGAUCCACACUGGAGAGAAACCAUUCACUUGCACUCAGUGUGGGAAGAGUUUCAGCCGAUCAUCAUCUCUUAAUAAACACAUGAGGAUCCACAGUGGAGAAAAACCAUUCACUUGCACUUAAGCCGCGGUCACACUGGACUUUUCUCCCCAUAGACUUCCAUUCAUACGCGCGCAAAUGAAUCAGACCGGAAAUGCUAGUUUGUGCGUCAAGUUUCGGAGUUGCCUUACAACAUUCAAGCUUGGUGAACUGACCUGCGAAAUCGCAUCACUUGACUGUGUGAGACCAAUCGAAGAUCAAAACAUGACCUCUCAGGACAGAAAUUUAAAAUAUGGACCAAUCGCUCACUUUUUAAUGUCUAAUCAUCUUGUUUAAUCCCGCCCCUUUUCACAGUGCCGUACAAUAGAAUUUUGCAAAGAAGAGGACUCACGCUGGAGAUAAUCCGUACAGAUCCGUACGAGCGUCGCUCGUUUUAGAGUUUAAGAAACACAUGGACAAAAAGUUGCACACGUGACAUGAAUGCAGCAAAACAUUUUCUCAUGUGCACAGGAUGUUUCAUGUUUGAAAAGACUGAGUGAUGGUAUACUGUUUUCCAACACUCCUACACUGCAGUAGGUGGGGUUGUAAAUGUGUUGCGCUCCUCGCGUUUACCGUAAACAAUGAUAGCGGCUGAGAGAAAAACAGCUUCAUAAACAUCUGGCAAACAGCACCUCUGCAGCUUAAAAUCUCUUUGCAAGUAAUUGUACAGGUGUGCAUACAUCUGUACUCUACUCUCCAGUGUAUUCAUGUAGCUAGUGUUGUUUUGGAUGAUGUUCUCUGUUACAUCCUACACAAGUCUAGGGCAAAUACAAUGAACGCAACAAUAUUAGUUUAAAGAGCACUAAACUGGGACCAGUCACAACACAUCAACGAGUAAAGUUCCAAAAAUGUAUUUACAAAAAAAUCAAAGUCACACACAAUGUAGUGUUAAGGAAGCUCUAGCUUCAGGAGGGGAAUAAAGCCAAAAUAACAAACAAAAACAGGGUUCUGUCUGGGAGUAAAACCUCUAAAUAAGCUACAAGAAAAUAAUGAUGAAAAAUAACAGCAAAACUACACUGACUCCCUGACUGACCUCAAAACAGGAGAAAGAUUUCAACAAAAAAGGCCGACCACCUCCUUACUGCUUCCUGGGGGGGAAAAGCAAAAGAAAGAAAUCAAAGUUUAAAUCGUGAUACUGCUCUAAGUCACAACAGAGAAUAAGUACCAAUUGUCAACAAGUAAGAUUUUAAAUCACCACAAUUCAACUUUCCAACAGUUCACAACAGCUUUAAUUUAACUGAAACCAAGCUAGUGCUCUGUAGAAAGAUUCCUCUCUAGCUCCUUUCUCAUCAUCCAAGUGUUUGGCCUGUGUUUUUAUCCCCUCUCACUCCUCUAUGUUAAGUAAACACAGCUGUUGGAAGCCAUCAGCAACCUGCUUGAAACUCAGGAGGGGAGGAGUCAAGGCAAAAAAAAGAACAGGGGGAAAGACAUUUGACACAAUAUAAACACACAAUAACUUUAAACAAUACGUCUCUAAACAUAACAUCUCUGUCUGACUCCCUGAAUGAGAAACAAAUCACUGGGAAGACGCCGCACAUCAAAGAAGGUGGAGCUCAAGGACGGUUAGUUUGCAGUAUACCAGGGCCUCAAGUUUAGAAAGCCCAUUCAAUUGUCCUGUGUUGCAUCUUUUAUUAGUAAAGUUUCUUUACUUUUAGGUUCAACAUUCUUUCUAGUUUACUUCAUUUACUUUUUUGAGUAGAAUAUAAACUUGAUGAAUAUUUUAUGAUUUAGGCAGAGCGACAGGUAUUAAGUUUUACAAUAUUAAUACACUGUGAUGAUCCCAAGACUCCAGAUUGGAGUGUGUGGUAAAUCCUGAUUGGAUGCCUGCAUUACUUAUCAAUGGAUUUAUAAAAGUUGUUGUGGUAGCUACUCCAGUACGCUGUGGCUACUCAGGAGUCCUCAUGUCAAGACCUGCCAUCUCAUUGACUCUUUAACCCUAUGGUUUUGUUUUGUAUUACUUGUAUCAUGUAGUUAAAGUGUUGUUGUGAUUAUAUCCUAAGUUCUUUAUCUUCAUUUUUAUCCCUAGACAUUUGUUGGUUGCUUUGAUUGA